GCAAAUUAGAAAUCAAUUAACAAUUUUUAAAAAGAAAUUAAGGAAACGAGGAAAUAUUUUCUUUUUAACGUAAAUCACAUAAACGUAAGAAAAACUGUAAUAAUUAAAACUAUAUUGCCAUGAUCAAUGUUCUUUAUCAGAUUAAAGAGCUCACUCAACACUUGUUCUGCGAUUGGAAGGAAUUACAUACUUCUGAAGAGUAUGAAAUUAUGAAGUCCUACGCCGCGAAUAGUAGACGAUUCUGUUUGAUAUAUUCUGGUGAGAUGAGAUCAAAACUUUUAAAUGUGCGGUCCGAUUUAUUCGAAAGUUAGAUGUGAUUUUCAUUUUUGUGUGUUUUCACAAGUUCAUUGCAAUAUUUCGCCAAUAUCGUACAUUGCAGUAUAUUGCUUCGCAGCGAUAAUUGUAUUUAUGUCAAUGUCCCUUAUACCGCAUACCCUCGAUAUCAUAUUGCCUCUCAACGAGUCCCGCCCUGUGUUACCGCCGUAUCGAGGAUACUACUUUGUGGACAUCCGGGAAUAUUUUUUUCAAAUAUUCUGGCAUGCUGUCGUAGCCUGGGAAAUUGUUAUAGCUGGUAUAAUUGCUCAUGAUUGCUUGUUUGUAACGUAUGUCGAGCAUGUUUGCAGCAAGUUUGCUAUAACCGGAUUUCAUUACCAACACUUGUUUCACGAUACAAAUAAAGUGAAAAUUAUAUCAUUGAUAAAUCCUAAUGAUAUAUAUCUAUCCAAGAAAGUUGCAUUGCUCGUACGUAAACACCGCGAAGCUUUAGAAUAUGCGCAACUUCUCGAAGAUACUUUUACCAUACCCUUUGCCAUGCAGAUAUUAAUAGUAACGAUAGGGAUGAGUAUUACCUUGCUACAAAUUACCCAGGAGAAUAGCGAUAUCUUAGAAGCAACGAGAUACGUGUUCUAUAUCAUUGGCCAACUGAUUCAUUUGUUCUUUCUUAGUUUCGAAGGACAAAGAUUGAUAGAUCACAGCCUUCAGAUAUGCGAUAAGAUGUACAGCAGCUGUUGGUACAAAGCAUCCAUGAAAUUACAAAAGAUGAUCAUGUUGGUGAUGAUGAAGAGUCUUCAUCCGAGUUUCUUAAGCGCCGGCAAAGUUUACAUUUUCUCUUUACAGAGCUUCACUAUGAUUCUACAAACCUCGAUGUCGUAUUUUACGGUACUCGCGUCCUUUCAAUAGCUUGCGUUACUUCCUGUAUUCAACAAUUGAGCAAUGACAACAAUGAAGCCAUCGAAAACGAUAUA